AUGGCCGGCGACGAGGUGAAGCCCGCUGACUCAGCCGACGGGGACGCGGCAGCCACCGACCCGCAGCCGGCGCGCCUGCCGGACGACGUGCUCGCCAACGUCCUCCGCCGCGUCCCGCCGCGCUGGCUCGCCGCGUCCCGCUGCGUCUGCAGGGCCUGGCGCGACGCCGUCGACGGCCGCCGCCUCCUGCGCGCCGACCUGCUCCCGCUCGCCCUCGCCGGCCUCUUCAUCCACUUCGACGACCACAAGCUCCCGGAAUUCCUCGCCCGCCCCUCGCCCCGUGCGGUCAGCGGCAGCCUCAGCUUCCUGCCGUCCACCAGCCCCCAAUGCGGCCAUAUCUGGGAUGCCGACUGCCAUGAUUGGCGCGACUACAACAUCCGGGAUCACUGCAACGGCCUCCUCUUGCUUAGCAAUCACCGCGUGGUUAACCCUGCUACGCGAUGGUGGAAUGCUCUGCCGACGUGCCCGUCGGAGCACGGUACCGGGAGCGUGCUGUACCGUGAGCAUCUAGUCUAUGAUCCAGUGUUAUCGCCCUACUACGAGGUGUUUAUGAUCCCCACUUUGGGUAAGAAUCGUCCCGGAGACAAGGUAGACCCCUCUGAAUGGGCACCGUCCCUAUGCAAGAUGUAUGUGUUCUCAUCAAAGUCGGGAUGUUGGGAGGAGAAGAAUUUCGUCAGAGAAGGGGAUGCUGCAGGGAUCUAUGGUGAGAUGCAAGUGAGUAGUCACGGGCGCUUCAAUGCCGUCUACUUGCGAGGAACACUUUACGUGCACUUCAGAGCUAAUUUUGUUAUGAGGAUAUCAGUGUCAAAUAAUACGUACAGCGUAAUUAAACCACCAGUGGAUAUAGAAAAUGAUACCAGAGAUGAUUACUAUCCAUAUGUUCAGAUUGCAAGAUCAAAAAGGGGGUUGUACUUUGUGGAGCUGGAUAAGGGUUGGCAUCGGAUGAAGUGCUGGCUUCGAGUGUGGAUCCUUAAUGAAUCGUGUGGCCGGAUGGAGUGGAGUUUGAAGCAUGACAAAGACCUGAAGCUAGCGCCUCAUCGGUUUUAUCAACGAGUUCAAUGGGUCUUAGAAGAUAUUAACUACAACCUGUUCCUUUCAUCUAGUUCUCCAGAAGACCACAAGAAAGCAACAAUUGAGAAUACAUUUGAAUGGAACUCUGACAAUGAUGAAGACUUGGAUAUGGUUGGAGAAUGUUACUUGGAUGAAGAGCAUUAUGAUAAUUUAGAUCCUGAAGAUAUUGAGGUACUUGGGUUUCACCCAUAUAAAGAGAUUGUCUUCUUGAGUGCAUCAGUCCGGACAGGAUUGGCAUAUCAUUUGAAUGGCUCGAAGAUUGAAAAAUUAGGAAAUAUAUACCCAAAGGAUUAUAUACAUUUCAAAGCGCUAAUUAAUGAAAGGGAGAGGAUCAAAUCUUUUGCAUACACGCCAUGCUGGAUUCAAGAGUUCCCUGUAAACAAAUAGUCUAGAAAUUCAUCUCACAUAGGAUUCUAUAUUAUUUACCAUCUACUUGAGCAAUAUAAGAAAUCUCUUGCACAAGAUGUUUGAGCUAUCUGGAUUCUAUAUUUUUGUAUUUGGGCACCAGAAUCUCUGCCUUUGAUCCUGUGGCUUUCUUUUGUUACAGUCUGUACUUCAAAUUCAGUACUUUACUGUAACCAUAUGCUGUGUUGCAGAUGGAUCUGUCAAUAUAGGAUGAUAAUUCUCAAGGUGGCAAAAGAUUGAGAUAUUCUGGGCCAGACCUUCUAGAGUACGUGAUGAAAUGCUGAUAAUACGAGAAUUCUAUUGCAAGUAAAAUAUCUGCAGACUAGCUAAAUGAAAAACUGUGAACAUAUCUUUAAGCUCAAGCUUUGCUUUUGUUCUGUUGCAGCCAACUCUUUGACAGGAAGUUGUUUUCACCAGUU